UGGUUCUCAGAGUCUCGAGCUUGCCCAUCCAGUUAAGCAAGCUUCCUCCCUCUGUCGCCGCGCCGCCUCCACCAACGCUUUCCCCCUUUCCCCCUCCAGCGCCGGCCGUCCCUAACCCCAAGAAAGAGAAGCUCCCGGAUCCAAAUCAAACUUCCCUCCGCCUUCCGGCGUCCUACUCCUACCCUCCCGGCGUGGCUUUUAUUUCCACCCAAGAUUAGCCCCCAGCCCAAGCCCAACUCAUUCAGCUCGGUCUCGAUGGAAACCGAUGACGCCGCUGCCAAGCUUCGGAUGACCAACGACGACGCGGUGGAGGAGGUGCGCCUCAGAAGCCUCCGCAGGAGGAGCUGGCCCAUCAAGCAGGUGAUGGAGGACAUGCGUAGCGGGCAGUGGGAGCUGCGUCGCAAGGCCUACGCCUACCGCAGGCUGAAGGCCAACGCCGGCCUCGCCGAGGUUGACCCAUGGAAUCUCUCGCCGGAAUUCGCCAUGCCGAAGGAGACGAGGAGGUCGAGCCUGCGGACACAUUCUGGGUACUGGGAAGAAAAAGAAGAUGAGUUCAUCGCGAUCCGCUCCAAGGGAGGACGAGAAGUCUCGUCCUCGGCCUCCAGGUCGCCGUCCUACCAAGGGGUUAGGAGGACCCUGGCCUGGAGUUUUACGAUCACAACGGCACCAAGAUGGACUGGGUCAUGCACGAGUACCAGCAUCUCGACGACAAAAUGUUUCUCCAGGAGGAUGUAGUUGUUCGUAAGGUAUUCAACCAAAAAAAUACAGAUCGGGUCCCCUCUUAUUUCAAGAAAUUUGAUGAUGCCUUGGAAGAUUACCAUGAAGCACUCGUCAAGCGCGGUAGGAUCCUGAAGCUGAUCAGGGAGCUGGAUUUUGGAAUGGUGGACCCAACUCUGUCUCACAUCCCUGGGAUGCUAUUUGAAUUUGCGAAGUCUGCAGAUGACCCUAACCUGUACUGCUGAUGCUUUUGAUGAAUUGUUGAGAGACAAAUCAACGAGAUCAAGAGCUCUGCAUCUUUUUGUUUCUGCAUGGGUAAUGUAGGUGUUGUGGAAGACAAGAAACGACAUGGUGUUUAACUCAAAGCUGGUGAGUUUCCCUUGGUGACGGUGCACAAGAUGAUGAUAUUCCUGAAUCACAGGAUGUCACUUCAUGUGGUUUGCUUCAGAUGGACAAACCACGUGUUAGAAUAAUCAUUAACAAGAUUCUGCCAAAAUUGCAAUUAUUUUGGCGUUAGCUGCUGUUUUGUUUCAUUCUAUUGUGGCAGUGCUCUCUUUUUAUCUCUCCACCAUGUGUUUAGGGUUGUGCUUAGUAGAGGUGAUCCUUCAUUUCUUUCCCUUGAUGUGUAGAGCUGCUCGUUCGUACUCUAAACUGUACGCUGUGAAGUUGGCAACCCCAACAGGUUUCGGCCUUGUGUAAACUCUGUUAAGCUUUCUAAUGAAGCUGGGCAAUGUCUUUGGUCGACGAAACCUUUUGCAA